AUGGAAAGUCCUCAGUCGUUUCUUCAAGCUAAUCCCGCCUGUCUGAUACUCAUUGUCCUAGGAUAUUUUUUGGUGGAUUUCAUAUUCAACAAUUGCUUUGAUGCGAAGGAAGAUGCUGCAAGUUAUACCACCCACAAAAAGAAAUGCGAUGGUGAGACUCCUUUGGUCAGAAAUUGUGGACUGAGUCAUCGGGCAAAACUUUUGGCCAGCGUCAAACGGCGACUCGAUCAACAGUUCUAA